GUAAAGGUAUGGGAUCGACAAAUUAUUUAGGCAAAUCUAAGUUGUAUAGAACCAAAAGUGGAUCAAGCGGAGGCUCUGAUCGCGAAAUGAACGGAAAAUUCAGACGCACCAAAAUCAAACGGCCAAGUAAGAUGGGUGAAUAUGGGCUAAAAAGGAUCCCUGAUUAUACAGAACUUGCUUAUAAGGAGGCUGUGUCGAAACUGAAGUACUUUUUGUCGGGAAACAGUGCGCCAAGUGUACGAAGCUACGGUUCGUACAAGGAAGAAGAUGAUGACAAGAAAUACCACACCCUCGCCGAAUAUAAGCCCAAACCGCGACUGACGGCCAAAUACACGAGUCUGUAUGCCGAUAGCUUGAACAACUACACUCCACCAGUUCCACCACAGAAUAAUGCUCCAGCGCCCAACGCAGACGCCACCAACCCCGACGUGGUACACUUUAUACAGAAGCAGGAGGAAUACAUAGAACAGUUGGAGCGAGAGAGCCAGUACUGCAGGGACGAACUAAACAACCUCCUCGGAAAAGUCAAGGAAGUUAUAUCGGAAAACGAGCAUCUCCACGAGGCUCAGAAGAACAAGAUCAUCUCUCGAAUGUUCCACAAUAAUUAUGAGGGUUCGGAGACUGAUGACGUUGACGAUAGCACUGGACUGGAUAGUGAUAAUAAGGUCACUCCACUGAAAUCCCGCAAAGCAAGACCGCGCUCAGCCAAGCUCGAAGGACCAAACAUUGUGUUCGAGUCGCGCAUCGCCGAGUUAGAAGCCCAACUGACACAGUCAAAGAUCGAUCUGAAGAAAGUACAGGAUGAAAACAACGAAAAUAAAAGGAAGCUGGCAGCGGGCCUCGUGGACUCUACCUGCCUUGACGGAUUCAAGAGACAGAUUGACAAUUUGCAAAGGGACAAAUCAACCCUGGAGUCUCAAAUAUCCAAGCUCAAGUUGAACCUGGACCAAAGGGAUGGGGAUUUGGAUAACCGACACAAAAGAGGCUCAGACAUCAUAGAGCAGCAGUUGAGAGAAGAGAGGAACAAUCUGGAGGCGGAGUUACGGCGUUUAAAGGAGGAGUUAGCAUCAGAACGGAACAAGAUCCGUGAGUUGAGUGGGGCAGGCGCCCGGCGCGCCAUGCAGGAGCGAAGCGCCGCGGAGCUUCGCCACAACGCUCACACCGAGCAGCUGGCGAGAGACCUGGCCGCGCAGUACGAGCUGGCCGCCAAGUUGGAGCUGGACUUGGACCGUCAACGCCGCGACGAAAAUGACUUGAAACGUGAAAUAACGAUGAAGAAUGCUGCUAUCGAGGAACUCAAAAUUGAAUUGAAGAAUAAAUCGGCGACCCUCCAAGCGGACCUCGCUCAAGCUAACGCGGAGAAGGCGUCUCUGGAGGAGGAACUGGCGUCCGCGCGUCUGGCGCUGGAGAGGCAACAGAGGCAGGCCCGACAUGACACCAACAGACUCAAUUCUGAGAUCCACUCCCUGCGUCAACGCCUGGACCGCGCCGAUGCGGACUUGGUGCACUCUCGUCGCGAGAACUUGCGUCUCUCUGAACAGAUAUCUACUCUGGAGAAAGAGCUGAACAUGAAAAAUUUGACUCCGAUGCCGUCUGAGAACAAGAAGGACAAAGAACUGUCUUCCAUGCUAGAGUCCAUGGAAAACAAACAUGCUAAGACCGUGGCUGAGUUGGAGACCAUGAUACACUCCCAAAACACUCUGAUGGAGAAACUUACGGGCGAAUGCCGCUCGCUCACUGACAAACUCGACGAUGCUAACCGUAGACACAAGGAAGAACUGGCAACUCUGCAGCGUCAAAUAAGGGACCUGAGUCAGUCUCUCCAAAAGCCAUCGCACCCUAGCACUUAUCAAGCACGUACCCCGCACAUACCCGCAGCCGAUAGAACUUCAGCCUCCCCGACCAGCGCCAGAUUCGAGCAUCCCCGAGCUGAGCCCCCCAGACACACCCCACUCGGAGAAAACCACGGACUCGGAGACAAACUUAACCGUUACGAUGAAGUUAAACCAGUAACUCCACAGAAUACAGAUAAUAAUGAUCAAUAUCACACAGAAACAGCUCAAAAUUAUCGCAAUCCUGAUGAUAAUAAUCAAUAUCAUACAGAAGAAAAUCAGGACUAUCAAAAUCUUGCCAACAGUCAAUACCACGUAGAACCUACGCAAGGUUAUGAAAAUUCUGGUGAUAAUCAAUAUCACACAGAAACUGAACAAGGGUAUCAUAAUCCUGAAGAUAACAGUCAACAUCACACAGAAUCAGAACAAGCUUAUCAAACCCCUAGCACUAAUAAUGAAUAUCACACAGAAUCACAAGACUAUCAAAACCCAAAUGAUAACAGUCAAUAUCACACAGAAAUAGCUCAGGAUUAUCAAAAUCCUAAUGUCAGUCAUCAUCAGGCAGAAAUUGCAGAAAAAUACGACGAUCCUAAUAAAUUAGACUCAAAAGAAGCUUCAAAAGUUGAACAGCCAACCAAAAAUCUAUCGAGGAAGGUAUCACAAGAAAGUUUAAAAUAUAAUAACGGUGUGCGCAAACAAAGCAAUGAAUUUGUUGAAAAUAAAAACGUAGAACCUACAUACACAGCUGAUAAAGAACCUAAUGAACAUACAGAAUUAAAUCAGCCUGAGCAGUAUGAGCAAAAUUACGAGCAGCCUCAGUAUACUGAGCAAUAUGAGAACUAUGAUCAGUACCAACAAGAAUAUGUAGAUCCUAACGCACAGUAUAACCAAUAUGAGAAUUACCAAACCGAUGGUAGUUAUGCUGAGCAGAACCCAGAGAAUUACAACCAAGAAUACACUCCAGAGGUAACACAACCAAAUUAUGACACAACACAAUACAAUCAAGAAUACAAUGAGUAUGAAACACAAAAUGUCCACGAUAGUGCGCCCACGGAUAUAAGUAAAAGUUAGCGAAUUUUAUUUUAGUGCAAUAUUUUA